AUGGUGAGAGGCGCCUUCAUUUUACUUAUCGUCUAUGGAAUUGUUGGAGCACACAUUCCUCUUAAAUGUGAUCUGGCCUUUGCCCUUAAAUAUAAAAAAGUAGAUGGAGUAUCAACUACUCUUUGUGGUGAUGGUGUUGCAAAUCAGGGGCAACUUUAUGAACCUCUUAAUAUGGCCGCUUUAUGGAACUUUCCUGUAGUUCUUGUGUGUGAGAAUAAUCAUUAUGGCAUGGGUACAACAGAAUGGCGAGCAGUAAAAUGCUCUACAUAUUACAAGCGAGGACACUAUGUUCCAGGUCUUAAGAUUUUGGAGAUGGACACUUACAGAUAUCAUGGUCAUUCAAUGUUAGAACAUGGUGUUGAAAAGGCUUCAGUAAACUCCAGCAAAUGCCCUUGGCAAGUGUAA